AUGAGCUUGUCGCUACUCCCCCUCUCAGCGCUACUCCCCCUCUCAGCGCUAUUCCCCUCUCAGCGCUACUCCCCCUCUCAGUGCUACUCCCCCUCUCAGCGCUACUCCCCCCUCUCAGCGCUACUCCCCUCUCAGCGCUAUUCCCCCUCUCAGCGCUAUUCCCCCUCUCAGCGCUACUCCCCUCUCUGCGCUACUCCCCCCUCUCUGCGCGCUACUCCCCUCUCAGCGCUCUUCCCCUCUCAGCGCUACUCCCCCUCAGCGCUACUCCCCCUCCUCAGCGCUACUCCCCUCUCAGCGCUACUCCCCCUCUCUGCGCUACUCCCCUCUCAGCGCUACUCCCCCUCUCAGCGCUACUCCCCUCUCAGCGCUAUUCCCCCUCUCAGCGCUACUCCCUCUCAGCGCUACUCCCCCUCUCAGCGCUACCCCCUCUCAGCGCUUUCCCCUCUCAGCGCUACUCCCCCUCUCUGCGCUACUCCCCUCUCAGCGCUACUCCCCUCUCAGCGCUACUCCCCCUCUCAGCGCUACUCCCCCUCUCAGCGCUAUUCCCCUCUCAGCCCUCCCCCUCUCAGCGCUACUCCCCUCUCAGCGCUACCCCCUCUCAGCGCUACUCCCCCUCUCAGCGCUACCCUCUCAGCGCUAUUCCCUCUCAGCGCUACUCCCCCUACCCUCUCAGCGCUACUCCCCUCUCAGCGCUACUCCCCUCUCAGCGCUAUUCCCCCUCUCAGCGCUAUUCCCCCUCUCAGCGCUACUCCCCUCCAGCGCUACUCCCCCUCAGCGCUACUCCCCCUCUCAGGCGCUACUCCCCUCUCAGCGCUAUUCCCCUCUCAGCGCUUCUCCCCCUCUCAGCGCUACUCCCCCUCUCAGCGCUACUUCCCCCCUCUCAGCGCUACUCCCCCUCUCAGCGCUACUCCCCCUCUCAGCGCUAUCCCCUCUCAGCCCUCCCCCUCUCUGCGCUGCUCCCCCUCUCAGCGCUACUCCCCUCUCAGCGCUUACUCCCCUCUCUGCGCUUUCCCCUCUCAGCUAUUCCCCUAUCUCAGCGCUACUCCCCCUCUCAGCGCUACUCCCCCUCUCAGCGCUACUCCCUCUCAGCGCUACUUCCCUCUCUGCGCUACUCCCUCUCAGCGCUACUCCCCUCUCAGCGCUACUCCCCUCUCAGCGCUACUCCCCCUCUCUGCGCUACUCCCCCUCUCAGCGCUACUCCCCUCAGCGCUACUCCCCUCUCAGCGCUUACUCCCCCUCUCAGCGCUACUUCCUCUCAGCGCUACUCCCUCUCAGCGCUACUUCCCCUCUCAGCGCUACUCCCCCUCUCAGCGCUACUCCCCUCUCUGCACUACUCCCCCUCUCAGCGCUACUCCCCUCUCUGCGCUAUUCCCCGCUCAGCGCUACUCCCCCUCUCAGCGCUACUCCCCUCUCAGCGCUACUCCCCUCUCUGCGCUACUCCCCUCUCAGCGCUAUUCCCCUCUCAGCGCUUACUCCCCCUCUCAGCGCUAUUCCCCCUCUCAGCGCUACUCCCCUCUCAGCGCUACUCCCCCUCUCUGCGCUCUCCCCCUCUCAGCGCUACUCCCCCUCUCAGCGCUACUCCCCCUCUCAGCGCUAUACUCCCCCCUCUCAGCGCUACUCCCCUCUCAGCGCUACUCCCCUCUCAGCGCUACUCCCCUCUCAGCGCUAUUCCCCCUCUCAGCGCUUGGCUCCCCCUCUCAGCGCUACUCCCCUCUCAGCGCUACUCCCUCUGCGCUCUUCCCUUCUCAGCGCUCUUCCCCUCUCAGCGCUACUCCCCCUCUCAGCGCUACUCCCCCUCAGCGCUACUCCCCCUCUCAGCGCUAUUCCCCCUCUCAGCGCUACUCCCUCUCACGCUCCCCCUCUCAGCGCUACUCCCCCUCUCAGCGCUACUCCCCCUCUCAGCGCUACUCCCCCUCUCAGCGCUACUCCCCCUCUCAGCGCUACUCCCCCUCUCAGCGCUACUCCCCCUCUCAGCGCUACUCCCCCUCUCAGCGCUAUUCCCCCUCUCAGCGCUACUCCCCCUCUCAGCGCUACUCCCCCUCUCUGCGCUACUCCCCCUCUCUGCGCUACUCCCCCUCUCUGCGCUACUCCCCCUCUCAGCGCUACUCCCCCUCUCUGCGCUAUUCCCCCUCUCAGCGCUACUCCCCCUCUCAGCGCUACUCCCCCUCUCAGCGCUACUCCCCCUCUCAGCGCUACUCCCCCUCUCAGCGCUACUCCCCCUCUCUGCGCUACUCCCCCUCUCUGCGCUACUCCCCCUCUCAGCGCUACUCCCCCUCUCAGCGCUACUCCCCCUCUCAGCGCUACUCCCCCUCUCUGCGCUACUCCCCCUCUCAGCGCUACUCCCCCUCUCUGCGCUAUUCCCCCGCUCAGCGCUACUCCCCCUCUCAGCGCUUACUCCCCUCUCAGCGCUACUCCCCUCUCUGCGCGCUACUCCCCUCUCAGCGCUACUCCCCCUCUCUGCACUACUUCCUCUCAGCGCUCUCCCCCUCUCUGCGCUAUUCCCCCGCUCAGCGCUACUCCCCCCUCUCAGCGCUACUCCCCUCUCAGCGCUACUCCCCUCUCUGCGCUUACUCCCCCUCUCAGCGCUAUUCCCCUCUCAGCGCUACUCCCCCUCUCAGCGCUAUUCCCCCUCUCAGCGCUACUCCCCCUCCCCACUCUUUAUUGCUACGUUUUAUAACAGUCAUCUGA